GCGGCAGGCCCGGGGUCCUCCGGAGCCCCCAGGUGGCAGGUGGGGCCCGCGGAGCUCGCACCGCCCCCUCCACCUCCUCUGGCGCCCGCAGCUCGCACACCUUUAAGGUUCGCGCGCGGGGGUGGCGCGCGGCGCCCGGCGGGAGCGGGACUGCGGAGCGUGGUCAUGAAGAGCCUCAAGUCCCGCCUGAGGAGGCAGGACGCGCCCGGCCCCGCGCCGUCCGGCUCCGGGGCUGCCGCCAGCGCGCAUGCAUCAGAUUGGAACAAAUAUGAUGACCGAUUGAUGAAAGCAGCAGAAAGGGGAGAUGUAGAAAAAGUGUCCUCAAUCCUUGCUAAAAAGGGGGUCAAUCCAGGCAAACUAGAUGUGGAAGGCAGAUCCGUCUUCCAUGUUGUGGCCUCAAAGGGGAGUCUUGAGUGUUUGAAUGCCAUUCUUAUACAUGGAGUUGAUAUUACAGCCAGUGACACUGCAGGAAGAAAUGCUCUUCACCUGGCUGCUAAGUAUGGACAUGCAUUGUGCCUACAAAAACUCCUACAGUACAAUUGUCCCACUGAACUUGUAGACCUGCAGGGAAGAACCGCACUUCAUGAUGCAGCUAUGGCAGACUGCCCUUCUAGCAUACAGCUGCUUUGUGACCAUGGGGCCUCAGUGAAUGCUAAAGACGUAGAUGGGCGGACACCACUUGUUCUAGCUACUCAGAUGUGUAGGCCAACAAUAUGUCAACUGCUGAUGGAUAGAGGAGCAGAUAUCAAUUCCAGAGACAAACAAAACCGAACUGCUCUCAUGCUAGGUUGCGAGUAUGGUUGCACAGAUGCCGUAGAAGUCUUAAUUAAAAAUGGUGCGGAUGUGAGCUUGCUGGAUGCCCUUGGCCACGACAGUUCUUACUAUGCAAGAAUUGGUGACAAUCUGGACAUUCUAACCUUAUUGAAGACUGCAUCAGAAAAUAUUAACAAAGUUUUACCAAAGCGAAGUUUGACGUACAUGAUGGAUGAAGUCAAUAUGAAGUCAAAUCAGAGAGAGCAUCAAAAUACUCAGGAUCUCGAGAUUGAAAAUGAAGAUUUGAAAGAGAGGUUGAGAAAAAUUCAACAAGAGCAGAGAAUAUUAUUGGAUAAAGUCAAUGAUUUACAACUACAGCUGAAUGAGGAAGUGAUGGUUGCUGAUGAUCUGGAAAGUGAGAAAGAAAAGCUGAAGUCUCUUUUGGCAGCUAAAGAAAAGCAACAUGAAGAAAGCCUAAGAACUAUUGAGGCUCUGAAAAAUAGAUUUAAAUAUUUUGAGUGUACUUCCACAGGUAUGCCAGCACAUAUGCAAAGCAGAUCUAUGUUAAGGCCACUGGAGCUCUCCUUACCCAACCAAACCUCAUAUUCUGAAGAUGAAAUUUUAAAGAAAGAGUUAGAAGCAAUGAGAACUUUCUGUGAUUCAGCAAAACAAGACCGACUCAAGCUCCAAAAUGAGCUGGCUCACAGGGUGGCAGAGUGCAAAGCUUUAGCAUUAGAGUGUGAGAGGAUCAAGGAGGAUUCAGAUGAACAGAUUAAGCAAUUAGAAGAUGCGCUGAAAGAUGUGCAGAAGAGAAUGUAUGAGUCAGAAGGUAAAGUUAAACAGAUGCAGACUCAUUUUCUUGCCCUUAAAGAGCACCUAACAAGUGAAGCAGCUACAGGGAAUCACAGACUAACAGAGGAAUUGAAGGAUCAGUUGAAAGACAUGAAAGCAAAAUAUGAAGGUGCUUCAGCAGAAGUGGGAAAAUUAAGAAACCAAAUCAAACAAAAUGAGAUGUUAGUAGAAGAGUUUAAGAGGGAUGAAGGCAAGCUGAUAGAAGAAAAUAAGCGAUUGCAGAAAGAAUUCGGAAUGUGUGAAGUGGAGCGAGAGAAGAAAGGGAGAAAAGUCACCGAGAUGGAAGGCCAGUUAAAGGAGUUGUUAGCAAAGUUGGCCCUUUCCAUUCCAACAGAAAAAUUUGAAAACAUGAAGAGCUUAUUAUCAAGUGAAGUAAAUGAGAAGGCAAAAAAAUUAGUAGAGAUAGAAAGAGAAUAUGAAAAAUCACUUAGUGAAAUUAGACAGUUAAAGAGAGAACUUGAGAAUCAUCGGGCCAAACUUACUCAGUAUGUCAAACCAGAGGAACACGAACAGCUCAAGAACAGAUUAGAACAAAAAUCAGGAGAACUUGAGAAGAAGAUCACUGAAUUAACAUCAAAAAAUCAGGCAUUACAAAAGGAAAUUGAAAGGGUUUAUCUGAAUAAUAAGCUCCUCAACCAGCAGGUACAUAACCUAACAACUGAAAUGAAAAAUCAUGUUCCUUUAAAAGUGAAUGAAGAAAUGAAAAAAUCACAUGAUGUAAUUGUGAAUGAUUUGAAUAAAAAGCUUUCAGAUGUAACACAAAAAUAUACAGAGAAGAAGUUGGAAAUGGAGAAGUUGCUGAUGGAAAAUGACAGUUUAAAUAAGAAUGUUAGCCGCCUGGAAACUGUGUUCGUGCCUCCUGAGAAGCAUGAAAAAGAGGUAAUGGCUAUGAAAUCUAAUAUUGUUGAACUUGAAAAACAGCUAUCUGAACUUAAUAAAAAAUGGGGUGAAGAACAAGAAAAGAUCUAUUCACUCAUGUCUGAAAACACUAACUUGAAAAAGACUAUGAGUAAUCAGUAUGUGCCAGUUAAAGCCCAUGAAGAGAUUAGAACUGCACUGAGUGGCACGUUAGAGAAAACGAACAGCGAAUUACUAGAGGUGAGGAAAAAAUUUGAAGCUAUAAAUCAAGAAUGCAUGAAAGUAAAGGAUGAAAACAGAAUAUUAAAAAGAAACUUGGAAAACACUCAUACCCAAAUCAAAGCUGAGUACAUCAGCCUAAGAGAGCACAGGGACAAGAUGGGUGCUGUAAGUAAGAGCCUGGAAAAAGUCCAGGACGACAGCGCUGAAAUACUGGCUGCGCACAGGAGAGGCCAAGAAGAGAUCGUGGCACUGCAGGCCGAGAUCGAAGCCCAGAAGAAGGAACUUGACACAAUACAAGAAUGCAUUAAGCUGAAAUAUGCUCCGAUUGCCAGCUUGGAAGAGUGUGAGAGAAAAUACAAAGCAACAGAGAAAGAACUCAAAGCACGGUUAUCAGAGCAGACCCAAAAAUACAAUAUCAGGGAAGAAGAGGCCAAGAAGUGCAAGCAAGAGAAUGACAGGUUGAAGGUGGAGAUUUUCACUCUGCAGGGGGAUCUAAAGGAUAAGAGUGUUCUCAUUGAGAAGUCUCAUGAAAUGGAAAGAGUGUUGAGCCGAAAAACAGAAGAGCUCAACAAACAGUUGAAAGAACUAUUACAGAAAUACACAGAGGUAAGGAACGAGAAAGAGAAGCUAGUUGAAGAGAAUGCCAAACAGGCUUCUGAGAUGCUUGCAGCAGAGACUCUUUUGCAGAAACAGCAUGUUCCUCUGGAACAAGUUGAGACCCUAAAAAAGUCUCUUAAUGGCACAAUUGAGAAUCUAAAGGAAGAACUGAAGAAUAAGCAAAGGUGUUAUGAGAGGGAGCAGCAGACAGUGACCAAACUGCAUCAGAUGUUGGAGAAUCAGAAGAACUCUUCUGUGCCACUGGCACAGCAUUUGCAGAUCAAGGAAGCAUUCGAGGAAGAAGUUGGAAUCAUAAAAGCUAGUCUGAGAGAAAAGGAAGAAGAAAGCCAAAACAAAGCGGAAGAAGUCUCCAAACUCCAGUCUGAAGUUCAGGAUACUAAACAAGCGCUACGAAAGCUAGAGACUAGAGAGGUGGUUGAUUUGUCAAAAUACAAAGCAACAAAAAGUGAUUUGGAGACACAGAUUUCCAAUUUAAAUGAAAAACUGGCCAAUCUGAAUAGAAAGUACGAAGAAGUAUGUGAGGAAGUUUUGCAUGCCAGAAAGAAGGAACUGUCUGCAAAAGACGGGAAGGAAUCACUACAUUUCAGCAUCGAACAGGAAAUCAAGGAUCAGCAGGAGCGAUGCGAUCAGUCCUUAGCGACAGUCGCAGAGCUACAGAGAAGGAUACAGGAAUCUGCUAAACAGGUCGAAGCAAAAGAUAGUAAGGUAGGCACCGCGCAGUCUGCGUGGCUUGCUGUGGAGCCCUGGGACAGAAGCACCGGAGCAGAACAGGGCUCUUCUACCAGAGCGUCACACAAAUCUGGUAUGCAUGAAUGCUCACUCUCUGGUCUGUCCGUCUUCCCACAUCUCCAGGAUGCUGACAGACGGCAUCAAGAGGUAAUAGCCAUUUAUCGGACACACCUUCUUAGUGCUGCGCAGGGUCACAUGGAUGAAGAUGUGCAGGCAGCCUUGCUGCAGAUCAUACAGAUGCGGCGAGGGCUUGUGUGCUAGUGGUCGGCACCCACUGGCCGGUGUCCGCUUUACCUGCUGGUGCUGAGCAUUCUGCGGGCAGCUCCUUGGCCUUUCGGGACCUUACUGUGCUACAAUAAUGGAAAUAAAAUUAUUUUGCUCCAUCAGAAGAUUCUUUUAAUUAGAUGAUAUGUUACGGAGUUUUUCAGUGUCAGUUCAAAUCUUAUGUUCUAUAUAUGUUAAUUUUACAGUUAGGCAAGUAACAAAACCCCUUGUCUUGGAUUAGCUAUGUAUUUUUAAACUGUUGAGUCCCUAAUAAAAUAUGAACCAUCUGAGUUGGUCCUUAUGAAGAGGGGAUAGGUCAAAAUAACUGCUUAAAGAUUUCUUUUGGAGAAACUAAUUUGGUUAAGUGGAUCAAAUGACCUUUCAGAUCUUCAGUCCAGCCAUGAGACCUGAUUCGGUUUCAAGGAAUGCACUAUAACUUGGCUGGCCAAGUUGCAUUUUUGUUGAAGUAACUUUACGAGUGCCUUUGACUUCUUUUGGAGGUACAUAUUUUUUUCUUCUUACACUAGUAAUUUUUAUGCUUUUUAAAAUCAAUUUCUCUUCAGAAAUGGUUUGCAGUGCUAAAUUACAUUUAGAUUAAGAAAAGGCAAGGCUGGACUAUAUCAAAAAUUGAUCUUAAAAAUUGCCUCGUAUCUCUACGACAGUAUCUUAAUUUUUACUUGUGGUGAUGGUUCUUGCCACAGUAUUUAGAGAAAUGUAUGAUAAAUGGUAUACUAGAGUUUUUGGUGUCAAAAGUUUUAGAUGUUUUUAGCAAUUACUUUGACAUUUGCUUCUAUAGUAACCAAGCACUCAUUAUACAUGCAUCCUCCAAAUGUUUUGUACUUAUUUAUAGGAAAGUUGCACUAAUGAGGUUAAUAAUGUGAAAUGCAGUUUUCUUGCAAAGUUAGCAUUACAGAAUUGUUUUUAGAAAGUGUCUUGAAGGUUUUAAACAAAAAUGCAAUAAUAUAGUAAACUCUAAGAAUGUGGAAAGUAAGAAGAUAGUAAAAUAUAGUAAAUAUUCUAACCAACCAUUUUUAUUAACUACACCUCAUAAGGAAAGUUUAUGUUUUGUUAUUUUUAUUAAUAUUUUAUUUACCGUUCAGAUUGAAAAUUAUUAGUUUGCUAGCAAAUAAACUGAACAAAUGAAUUAUUUCAGCCCUUUUUUUUAAAUUGCAGAAUGUGACUUAGCAAUAAUCUGAGUAUCCUGAAUCAGAUUUUUCAUCCCAUUUUUGUAUAAUCACAAGGACAAAGGACCCUCAAAAAUAGCUUCACCCACCAAACAAUAAGCCAUGGUAUUUCUUCCAUGUAAAAACAACAGUAAAAAGUCAGAACUGGAUAUAUUUUUAAUUCUUUCGGUAGAUACACAGAGUUUACAUAAGCAAUAUUUGGAUUCCUUAAUUUUUAUAUUUAAUGCUGAAUUCUGUUUCAUAAGUUUUAUUUAGGUCACCUGUUGAAGAAUAGAGAAAGUUAUUAACUGAAUACUUACAUUUCAGUGUUAUAUUUUCCUUAUUAAGGGUGGGGAGGGAACCUUAUGUAUAUUUUAUUUUGUUUUCAACCAUCAAUAAAAUGUUUUCUGUGGAA